AUGAGAUCGGCAGGCCCAGAGGACGAAGCGACUGCUGCCGAGGGGGGGCCCACGGCUGCAGGAGGAGAGGGUGCCAAGCUGACCAGGGAGGGGCUCCCCGUUGAAGAUGAGGAGCACAGGGACAUGGACGUGACGGGGAGAAAUGCGCGCAGGCCUUCCCUGCCCUCACCCGACGAGCUGGCGGCCAGGAUGUACGCGCGCAUGGCCAUGGAGGAGCAGGAGCCGCCGUCGCCGGCUGACGCGCCGACCAGGAGUUUCGCGCGGGGUCUCACAGCCCUCAGCGCCGAAGGCAGGACCCUAGGGCAGGAUUUUGGCGAGGCCUUGAAGUCGCCGACGUUUCCUGGCGACCCCACGCCGGGAACCCCGGAUACCUCUACUGCCGCCCGCCAGCAGGCCGACGACAGUGACACGCCGUCUGUCACGAUGGACGAGGACAGUGACUCUGAUCCGCCUUCGAGGUUGCGGGCACCCCCCUCGGAGGAUGAGGCCGAGACGCGCCACUCGGCGACUGCCAGGGGCCUGUUUGAGUCUCCUGCAACGGUGUUUCGGUAG